UGAAGUACGAAAAGAUUCAUAAAGAAGCCCUUUGAGGAUUCUAAUCUUUCUUUGAAUUUUGCAAGUGUACUCCCUCCUAAAUUCACUCCAAAAUCCAAAAUUCGUCGGCUGUUGCGCCCACCCACUCAAGACCCUUCAGAGUUUCCGGCAUAUAUACUUACCGGCGGUGUAUCGGAGACGAUGGAAGAAGACGAGGAAGCUCCACCAGGGUGGCCGUCACCACCGACACCAAAAAAGGUGAACAUGGAGUCGGGAGAACCAAAAGAAUUAGUGAAAGAUGAGGAUCAUUCUGAAGAAGAAGAAGAAGAAUCUAAACAAACUGAAGACGACGAUGAAGAUGAACCACCACCAGGAUGGCAGCAGCAGCAGCCGCCGUCUCCGCCGUUGUUAGACAUGAUUGAUCUUCCACCCUCUUCUCCAUUACCUCCUACCCCCCCUCUUCCAUCUUCCCCUAGAGAAGAACUAAUGUGUAGCAGCUCAGAUUUGAACAUGGAACAACAAGACUCAGAAGAAGAAGGACCUCCCCCCGGAUGGGAUAACAAAUGUGAGCUAAAAGAACAAGUGGAACAGCUGGCGACACCCGCAGCUGUAUCGGCGAUAUCAUCAGAUAUAAAGAGAGAAGAUGCGCAACAAGAUGCCCGAGAUGAAGAUGGCUCCCAACCACAAGUACAAGAACAUACUAGUUCAGCACCAGAACUAGUUCCAUCAGAUAUAAAAGUGGAGCAAGAAGACUCGGAAGAUGAAGGACCUCCACCCGGAUGGGAUUCCAAAUGUCAGAUUGAACCCAAGUUACAAAUGGAAUGUCAAACAACUCCUCUAUCAGAUAUAAAGAAAGAGGAUGUGCAACAAGAUGGUAGGGAUGAAGAUGGCUCACAACCACAAGCACAUGAACAUCCUAGUCGAGCACCAGAACUAGUUCCGUCAGAUAUAAAAGUGGAGAAAGAAGACUCGGAAGACGAAGGACCUCCACCCGGAUGGUAUUCCAAAUGUCGGCCUGAACCCGAGUUACAACUGGCGAGUCAAACAACUCCUCGAUCAGCGAUCAAUCAUAUUGACCCACUAGAUUUUAAGAUGGAGAAUGAUCAACAAGACACACAAGAUGAAGAAGGCCCCCCUCCCGGUUGGGGAUCCACUACUCAGCAACAAUCACAAGAUCAUUCAAGUUUUCCAUCACCAAAAGUUCCAUCAGGUACAAGAAUGGGGUGUGAACAAAAUAAUGUCAAAGUUGUGGAAGAAAGACCUCAACAACCUUCAAGGCAACCAUCUGUUCCUCCAACCAAACCACAAAUAUCGGCGCCAAAACCACCAACGGCGGGAAAUAAUCCUGAAAUGGGACAAAUGGUGUGUGGUUCUUGCCGCCGAUUACUUAGCUAUCCAAGAGGUGCUCGAUAUGUCGAGUGUGCAUGCUGUUUGGAAGAGAAUUACGUCCUUGAAGAACACGAAGUAGGGCAAGUCGUAUGUGAAGGUUGUAACGUGUUGCUUAUGUACCCUUAUGGUGCACCGAAAGUUAGAUGUGCGAAUUGCCGCACCGAAACCGAAAUCAUAGAUCAAAAUCGACGACCACCGCUCUCUGAACAGCGAAGGCGAGUCAAAAGACACCUAAAGCGUAUGCAAUCGGGAUGAAAUAUAUGAUCCUAGGUUAAUAUUGAUAGCUCAUAGGCCAAAUGCUUCGCCCAUCGUAAAGAAAAGAUAGAUUCAGAUAUCCCUUUGAAGCGUUUUCGCCAAAAACUCGUAUAUUCGUACAUUCUAACACCUUAUAGGUUGUGGGUUUGAUCGUUUUUUGUCGUUUGCUUAUUCUAGAUAAAUUACAAUGCAGGAUUACAGAGCGUUUUGUAUCGAACGAGCGUUGUAUGCAAUUUUUGGUUAUGACAGUCCUGGAUCCCGAUCGCUAAA